GCUGAAGAAGUGGUUACGUGAGAGAAAAAGAAAGUAAAAAGAGUGUGAGGAACAUGAGGGUUUUCUUGGGAUGAGCUGAAGAAUGAAUUGCCAUCGUCAUCGACAUGUUGCCUUCGUGGCAGGCAGAACAGGUAUAAGGGAGAGAGAGAGAGACGAGUAUGUAACGUUGGGAUGGUUUGACAGGUUUGACAAGUUGACAGCUCGGGGGAACGUGCGUCUUUUUCUGGUUUGCCCUUUUCAUCUGAAGCCACAUGUGUUGUACCCCCAUCUUCUCUAACAGCCUCGGGAGGGGGGGACAUUCUCUCUCACGAAAAGUGAAAAAGACGGCCGAUCUUCACUUUUGUGCUUGUGAUUGGCGGGGUUCUCGCAACAUAAGAUACGCAGUAAAAAAAUAACGAGAAUUGUUGCGCCCCGCCAGAGGCCUGUGAGAGGCAGAAAAAAAGCUUUUGGUCGCCGACGCCGCCUCGUCCGGCGCAUGCCAGCCCAUCCAAAUGGGGAAGGCCAUCGAUAGGAUGAUCACACCCCCCCCCCCCAAACAUCCCGGGGCCUUCCCAUCUUCUUUUUUGCGAGCAAAAAAAAAUAAGCAAUUCCCGAUCCCGCAGCUUGUGAAUCAGCAUGGGACUUUGGGACUGAUGACAAGUGGAGAUGGAUCUGGGGAAGAGGGGGAACCGCAAGGAUUCGCAAGAUCCUGGUUCCAUGUUAUGGAUUCGAAAGGGCGGGCCUCUUACUGGUCUGAGCACCACAUUUACGUCGAUGAAGCGGGCCUUGGCGCCCGGGAUUUACAACAUGGUCCGAACGACGACAUCGCAUUGCAAAACGGUGAAAGUAAACAUUCCAGCUAUCAAAACAAUUCCAUCUUACCCUACCCAUCCAAUCAUUCCCAAUCAAAGCAAAAUGCACAUCCGAACCCUCCUCCUAUCAGCCCUCCCACCCCUAGCCCUCGCCCACGGCAACCACGGCGGCGGCGGCGAAGGCGGCUCCCAAAAGCCAGCCGUAGACCCACACGCGAAUUGGAUGACGAGACACAUGGCUGAGGAGCACCACAUAACCUCCUUCGACCCCCCCUCCUUCUUCACCCUCCACGACUUCGACUCCUCCGGCCACCUCGACGCCCCCGAAAUCCUCAAGCUCUACGGCCUUCUCGACCCCUCCAACGCCCACUACACCCCCGCCCAGCGCGACGCCUUCGCCCGCCAAAUCCUCGACCUGAUCGACACCAACCGCGACGACCUCAUCUCCAAAGACGAGUUUUUGCAUUACUUGCUGGUGGAAGGGAAGGAGCUGCCUGAUUUGGGCACGGGGCCGGGCCAUCACGGCGAUGAUGAGUACGAGUAUGAGAUUCAUCACUGGGAGAAGUACCAUGAUGAGAAUACAAAGUUGGAGGAUCUGACGCAUCCGGAGGAUAUUGAGCACUUUAAGAAGCAUGAGGAGAUGGAGCGGGAGGAGGAGGAGAGGGAGGAACGGGAGAAGAAGGCGAGGGAGCAGGGGGGGGAGGGGAAGGGGUGGGUGGUGGAGGAGAAUAUUCCGGGCAAGUUUAGGAGGGUGGAUCUCUAGGCGGUUUUUGACCCUGUGGAAACUAGGGUGGUGAAUCUAGG